AAAACACACAUUCAAUUCAACAAAAAGUACUUUUUUAGUUUACAACUUUACCCUUCUCACCCACUCAUUCACUUCCACCACUGUUCUCUUUUGCAGAAACCAAAUCACAACAAAAGAAAAUGUCAACUUCUUUGCAAACUGAACUCUUCCACCUUAAACCCUUUCAUUUUCGCACCCCCUCAUCAUCAAAACGAACCUCCCUACGAUGUUCCGCCACCGUCCCUUCUUCAAAACGCUCCUACAAAAUCACUCUCCUUCCCGGCGACGGCAUAGGUCCUGAAGUUAUUUCCGUCGCUAAAGACAUUCUUCUCCUCACUGGAUCUCUCCACGGGAUUAAGCUUGAGUUUCAAGAGAAGCUUUUGGGUGGUGCUGCACUUGAUGCUACUGGUGUUCCUUUACCUGAUGACACUCUUUCUGCUGCUAAACAAUCUGAUGCUGUUCUUCUUGGUGCCAUUGGAGGGUAUAAAUGGGAUAAAAAUGAGAAACAUUUGAAGCCGGAGACUGGAUUGCUUCAGUUACGAGAAGGGCUUCAAGUUUUUGCUAAUCUCAGACCGGCGACUGUGUUUCCGCAGUUAGUUGAUGCUUCAACUUUGAAGAGAGAGGUUGCUGAGGGGGUUGAUCUCAUGGUUGUAAGGGAAUUAACUGGAGGUAUCUAUUUUGGAAAGCCAAGGGGCUUUGGUACCAAUGAAAAUGGCGAAGAGACUGGAUUUAAUACCGAGAUUUAUGCUGCACAUGAGAUUGACCGCAUUGCCCGUGUUGCAUUUAACAUUGCUCGGAAGCGUGGUGGGAAACUUUGCUCUGUUGACAAAGCCAAUGUACUAGAGGCAUCCAUGUUUUGGAGGAAAAGAGUAGUGGCAUUGGCACAAGAAUAUCCUGAUGUUGAGCUCUCACACAUGUAUGUCGAUAAUGCAGCAAUGCAACUUGUUCGCUAUCCAAAACAGUUUGACACUAUUGUAACAAACAACAUUUUUGGCGAUAUAUUAUCUGACGAGGCUUCAAUGAUCACUGGAAGUAUUGGGAUGCUUCCUUCUGCUAGCCUUGGGGAUUCGGGACCUGGACUUUUUGAACCUAUACAUGGUUCUGCACCCGAUAUUGCUGGACAGGACAAAGCAAACCCAUUUGCUACUGUUCUUAGUGCUGCUAUGCUUUUGAAAUAUGGUCUUGGAGAAGUAGAGGCUGCUGAAAGAAUAGAGCGUGCAGUUCUCGAGACGCUGAACAGAGGAUUUCGAACUGCUGACAUAUAUUCUGAUGGAACAAAGCUGGUAGGAUGCAAACAAUUAGGCGAAGAGAUACUGAAGUCGGUUGAAUCUCAUGUUCCAGCUGCGGCAGCAGUGUGAUUUUAAGACCAACUCAAUUAGUAAAACAGGCUUUGUUUGUCUUGGAGAUCAAUAUGAGUAUCAAAGCUGAAAAGCUAUCCCUAUAUUUUUAGAGCUUUGGCUUUCAUAUGCGGAUUUGUAUGUUGGUUUCAACUUUCAACACCCAACCUAUGUACUCUCCAAACUUGCAUUGAAUUGAACCCGGGGAUUAUAAGUUAGGUCCCCUCGUGACGAAUGUUAUAAUAGUGGAACAAUGAUAUGUAGAGGUUGGAAAUUUUCACUCCCAUUCUGAGAUAGAAACUACUUGCGACAAAUCCAUGGGGAUAUUCCAAAAUUUAAAAUGUGUGUGAUUUGAAUUGAUGUAUUUUGUCUUGCACAAGUAUCUAGUCUACUAGAAUGGUUUGCAGUUGAUAUGAAUAUAACAAACAUGGAUUCCCUGCACUA